AUUUGAACAUAUGGCCUAAAAGCAUUAACCUGGAUCUUUGGAUUAAUAAUCCAGUGAUAUUAUCACAAUACUAUCUUCUUCAGAUGAUCUGCCUGAUAAAUAUCAGUUCCUAAAGACCUAUUAACACAUUACUCUAAGGACAUCGAAGAGAAUUCCCCACAAUUUGCGGCAAAUGUUGAGCAUCAAAGUGAAGCGGUAUUUGACCUUUGCAAAUGGCCUCUUCGAGUGUCUGUGCUUCGCAGGUGUCAUCUUUGGUUGGGCGUCCCUUGUCUUUGUACUGAAGAAGGAGGGAUAUUUCCACGAUCUCUGUAUCCCAGUCAGCAACACUAGUCACCAUGGAGAGAGAAACAGCACCAUGGACUGUGAUCUACAGGAUCAGCACUUCACCCUGGCCUUCACACUGGCAUCGUUCUCCCUCUGUUUCAUCACCCUGCCUUGCGGAUUCCUCUUUGACUACUGUGGCACAACGGUAACCAGAUUCUUGGCCAUAUCUCUUUACACCACUGCCACUUUAAUGAUCGCCUUCUCCACUGCAGCUUCUGCAGUACUGCUGUUCCCUGCAGCCUGCAUGAUUGCAGGAGGUGGAAUCCUCUUCUUCACAACCAAUGUACAGACUGGGAACCUAUUCGGGAACAAACGCUCCACUGUCAUCACGCUGUACAAUGGGGCUUUUGGAUCAUCAGCAGCCAUGUUUCUACUGGUGAAGGGUUUGUACGAGUCUGGUGUAUCCCUGAGAUACACGUUCAUCUUCAUCAGCUGCUUCAGCUUCGUCCAAAUUUGUAGUACCCUUUUCCUGCUCCCACGGACGCAAAUUCCCUACCCGCUCCCAAAGGUCUACAGCUACGGGAUCACUUGGACACAUUUCGGAUUGAAAUCAUCAUGCCAAGAGCAGGAAACUAUGAGCCAGAUGAAAGCUGUAAGAAGUGGAGAUGGAACCGUGAGGUGGACCCCCAGGAAACGGAUGGAGCUGGAAGAGCCUGACAGGCAGAUGUUUAAAAUCAUACAACCAGACGGGGGAGACGGAAUGGAAAAGGAGGAAAUGAUUGAUAGUUUGAAAACUCAGACCAAAGGACCAGGAGCAGCGGAAAAGGACAUCCCCUCGUUCAGGAGCUGCAUCCUCUCAAAGGUCUUCUUCACUCACCUGCUCUGGCUUUCAGUCAUACAACUCCGGCAUUUGCUCUACAUCGGUACCCUCAACCCCAUGCUCAACCUGCUCGCCAACGGUGACUCCAGGCAAGUAGGCAGACUGACAAAUGCCUUUGCCAUCACACAAAUGGGCAGUGUUUUAUGUGCCCCGUGGAACGGGCUGAUUAUGGACCGGCAUAAACGCAAAGGGAAACCAGCAGCUGGUGCCUCAGAGGAUUGUGCCACCUCGCAGAAGCUGGCUGCCAUGAAGUCGGCAGUACUGUCUCUCACCAUUACUGUCACACAGGCUAUCAUGUUUGCCGUCUGUGCCACCAUCCCUGUGCUGGAGGCUCAGUACCUGACCUUCAUCUUACAAGUGGUCACUCGCGCGUUCCUGUACGGAGGGGAUGCAGCAUUCAUCGCUCUCGCGUUUCCUUCCUGCCAUUUUGGGAAGGUCUAUGGACUGAUGCAAGCUCUCUCAGCUGUUGUCUCUCUGCUUCAGUAUCCUUGCUUCGCUUUUAUCCAGGGAACCUUGCAAGGUGACCCACUUUAUCUGAAUCUCGGAUUCGUCGCCGUGCUAACCCUGGCGUAUGUCCAUCCCAUAAACAUCUACCUCCGCUGUCGACAGGAGACCCAGAGGGAAAGCACAUGCACACGCCGCUGGGUUCAAGUGGCAGCUCAGCAAGGAUGACAGGAGGGAGAGAGAGGGAUGUGCGCUGACUGGGGGAAAGGGGAUUGCCGGGUGGGAAAGGGGAUUGUGCAGAGGGCAGAUGGCUACCUUAAUGAAUAUCGUUAUGAGCAUUAUGAGACAACAAUCUGUCCAUCAACAUUAGUAAAACAAAGGAAGUGGAGUGGAGAGCACGCCCCUGUCUGUAUCGAUGAAGCUGAGGUGGAGGUGAUCGAGAGCUUCAAUUUUCUGUGAGUAACGAUCACCAACAAUCUGUCCUGGUCUACCCAUAUUGACGCUACAUUCAAGAAAGCACAACAAUGCCUCUACUCCCUCAGGAGGCUGUGGCAAAUCAGUAUGUCCAAAAUGUCUCUUACACCAUAGAAAGCAUCCUGUCCAGAUGCAUCACAGCGUGCUAUGGCAACUGCUCUGCCCAACGCCACAAGAAACUACAGAGAGUCCUGAACACAGCCCAGUCCAUCACCCAAAGCAGCCUUCCGUCCAUUGACUCUGCCUCGGGAAGGAAACCAACAUCAUCAAAACCACCACCCCCCCUACCAGCCACCCCGGUUAUACUCCCUACCACCUUCUUCUGUCAGGCAGAAGGUAUAAAAGUUUGAAUAUACGUACCAACAGAUUCAAGAACAGCUUCUUGCCCGCUGUCAUCACAAUUUUGAACAGACCUCUUAAAUUUUAAUUCUGAUCUUUCUCUGAACCUUGUCUGUAGCUGUAACACUAUUCUGUACUCUGUCCUAUUCUAUAUAUAUAUAGAUCAUACCAUACAUAAGGUGUAUGUAUGUAUAUAUAAUAUAUGACAUAUACACACACCUUAUGCAUGGUUUGAUCUGCCUGAAUAGCGUGCAAAACAAUAGAUUUCACUGUAUCUUGGUACGUGACAAUAAUAAAUUAAAUCAAAGAUUCUGUGCA